AUGUUGAGGGUAACCUUUGGUACAUCUUGCGCACCAUACUUAGCUGUAAAAGCCAUGCAUCAACUUAGCAUUGAUGAAGGUCAUAAUUUUCCCUUAGCUGCAAAUAGAGUCAGAACGGACUUCUACAUGGAUGAUCUCAUGACAGGUUGUCAAACUGAAAUAGAAGCGAUUAAAGUAUACAAAGAAAUGAAUGAAUUAAUGAAGAAGGGAGGAUUCAAUUUACAGAAAUGGUCUAGUAACAGAAAGUUGUGGCAAGAAGAUAACGGAAAGGAUAUGGAGAUCAGAGAAGACGAUACUAUAAAAAUUUUGGGUCUUACUUGGAAUCGUUUUACAGAUGAAUUUGAAUACACAGUUAGGUUAUCUUCUGAAAUUGCACUUGAAACUAAACGAGAAAUUAUAUCGGAAAUCAGUCGUUUAUAUGAUCCUCUUGGGUGGCUUGCUCCAUGUAUUGUUACCGCGAAGAUAUUUAUUCAAAAAAUGUGGUUAACGGGAUUUGAUUGGGACGACCGAUUACCGAUUGCACUCGUAAAUGAAUGGGAACUCUAUCGACAAGAAUUAACUGCAUUGUUGGAUAAUCAAGUGUGGAAGUGCGGUCCAAGCUGGUUGUUUGAUAAUGUUAUUAAAUAUGAAAAACCUGCUUCCAUAUACACUAAAACUGAACUAGAAUUAAGACCUACUAAAGUACAUGCAGCUGCGAUGACAGACCCAGCGAAAGAAAUCCAGGACGCACUUGACUGUUGCAUUCGACAUCACCAAUCCGAGGCAUUCGCGGUAGAAAUGGCAAGUCUUACUAAAACUAAAAAUAUAAGUAAAAAGAGCAGACUGUCAAUGCUCAAUCCAUUUCUGGACAAUUUUGGAAUUAUGAGAGUCGGGGGUCGCAUGGAGAAGUCGAACUUAUCAUAUAAAAGGGCUUCGCGAGAACUGAAAAAACUAUUUGCAAAUGAAAAAUCUACCCUGGCCUCUGAGAUUGCAUCGGCACUGGCAACUAAUAACACCGAAUGGCAUUUUAUUCCUCCGCAUGCUCCAAACUUUGGUGGAUUAUGGGAGGCAGGAAUAAAAAGUGUAAAGUAUCAUCUUCGUAGAGUAAUAGGUGACUCUACUCUUACAUAUGAAGAACUGUCAACGGUACUGGCUCAAAUUGAGGCGUGUCUCAAUUCGAGGCCACUGUCAAAUGGUAGUUCUGACCCUGAUGAUUGUGUUCCUUUGACGCCAGGUCACUUUUUAGUGGGCGAACCCUUGGUAUUAGCACCUGAUCAUAAUUUAGAACAUAGCUUGGUAAGUAAUUUGAGACGUUGGCAACUAACACAGCGCAUGGUUCAGAUUUUUUGGAAGCGAUGGUCGCAAGAGUAUUUAACUCAGUUUUUUCAAAGGUAUAAAUGGAAAACGAAAACCCCUGAAUUAAAAAAAGGUGACAUGGUUUUAGUCAAGGAUGAGAAUUUACCCCCAGCUAAGUGGCUUUACGGUAUAGUUGUAGAUGUUCAUCCGGCAUUUGUCCAGUUAAUUAUUAGAAUAAAGAUGAGCUUAUCACAACAAUUUGUUACUCUCUCUAGCGAGCUUUGUAGUCAUCUUUAUGUUAAGAAUUACAAUAAAGAAACGAUCAACUCUUUAAUAGAUGAGCUAAAUGCUAAACCCUAUAAGGCUGAACUAUUUGUAGGAAAACAAGAUGCUGCAGCUCUAGUGACAUCAUUGUGCGUAAAUAUUCAACCUGUCGACGAGUUAUUAGCUGCCAAAACUUCGCAUUUAAUAAAACAUCUAGUUACAAAACAAAAUAUACAAUUUACCAGUGAUUAUUUAUGGAAAGUAAUUGCAUGGCACAUUGAUUGUAUAAAGAAAUGCUCUUAUCUUAUUUUACCAGAUAUUCUUCAUAAUUUACAAUGCAUAUUGCAUAUGAAUCCACAAUCUGGUCAAAAGUUUGUUGCAGAUUUGAUAGGAAUUCAAGGACUAUUAAUGAAUGUCAUUGAUAAUGAUAAAUAUACACAAAGUCAUCAGCCUUCUAUGCAAAAUUGUUUACUAGUUCUUAAAUGUAUUAUCUGCUUAUUAAUAAUAGAUGACAAUAAAAAAUCUGAACCGGCUGAUAUAAGUUUGGAAAUUAAAAAAAAUCUUUCUGAAGUUAUCAUUAAAUUUUUAAUGAGAGGCAAUCUAAAAUCUCAAGAUGAAUCUAUUUAUUGUAAGGUAAUAAUAUCAGCUCUAAGAAUAUUAUGUCACAUAUAUUUUAAUGAUCAAAAGGUUGAUCUUCCUUUGCCAGAAAUAAUUGGUAUAUGUAGAUAUUUUAUUCUCUAUGGCAUUGUUAGUCAGAACAACAGGGUGGAAAAAAUUAUGCCAUCUCAACAGACUGUUGCCACUGCCCCAGUCAGACCUAAUUCAAAAGGAGGCAAGAAACAAAAGAUAAGAAAACAAAGAAAUAACGCAAUAGAGAGCUUGAAAAAAGAGAUUCCAGUGUCAGAUAGAAGUCUGAUGAGAGAUGUCGAUAAUUUUGAGAAUAAUUCUGCUUACAAGCCUGCCAGCCAGAAUUACCUGGAGCCUAUAAAGACUAGAACUUGUUGGACUUUGACUAGUGAUUCUGAUAUGUCUGAUGUAGAAAAUGGAAGAGAAGCUAAACUUAUUGCAUUGAGGUCCAGAGUAAGGCAGAGUGCAGCAAAUUUAUUCCUUGUGGUUUUUAAGGUUAAAGAGAAGAAAGAUAUAUUUGGUUACUGGUGGGCUCUUUUGCCAGAUUCACCUGAUGCUAGCAACUGGGUAGGAGAAGAAAAGUCAAAGAAGACUCUCGCAUAUUGUGCAGUGACUGACCCCAUAGCGAGUAGCAGAGCCAGUGCACUUAGUGUUAUUUUAGCUUUACUCUCUGGUUCAAAGGUGUAUCUGGCUCAAGCUGAAACUUGCAAAAAAAUGAAUGCAUCUUUUAUACCAUUUUCUGUGUCACUUGGUUAUAUUAUCACAUGUAUGCAUAAAAUUUUAAUUGGUAUUUUGGACACUGAAAGAAGUCAUUCCGUAGUCAUAGUCGCUUUAAAGUGUUGUGCUGCUCUAGUACAAUCAACACCAUACCAUAAAAUGCAAGAAGGAUUAAUAAGUGAGUUAGUAAGAUCUGUGAGAAAGUUCCUCAUACAUAGAGAUGUUACUCUACAAGUUGGUGCUUUAAUAACCAUAGGAUGCGUUAUAUCUAUUGAUCCUAAAGUAGAUGAAAUAUUGAAAGCAUUGGAGAAAGACACCACUCUACAUAAGAAUGAGAAUAACGACGUAAAUAAAGAGAAUAUACUGCAAAAUGAUGAAUGUGAUGAUUUUGAAGAAGGUUAUUCGGAUGAUGAAAUGUUUACUGCAAUGGUGCCUCCGAUAACUGAUAAAAAGACUGAAAAAAAUGAUAAUGAAGUGUACUUUAAAACUUGGAUAUUAGAUAUUUGUUUUAAGAAUAUGGGAUGGAUGUUUAAGGAUAACGAAGUAAUAAGAUGUAAGCCAUCAGCAAUACCAAUAAUCUUGGAAUCGCUCCAAGUCCUAUCUGCAAUAGCGUUCCAUCAUUUGCCAGAUCUCCUCCGCCCACAUAUAACAUUAUUAGCAGAUAUUCUGAGUGAAAUGUUACAACACGAACAUCAAGAUGUUGUGUUACAGGCUGCAAGAAAUAUAAGCAUAAUUGGAGAUGCUAUUCAGAGACUUGAUCAACAGAAUGAUCCACUUCCUCUAAGUCAGUGUGUUUCCAUGUGGGAGAAACUUUUGACGCCAUUAUCCAUGGUCCUACAAAACCACGACAAUAUUCCGGCUAAGGCGGUUGUAUGCGACUGCAUCGCUAAUAUUGGAGAAAAGUCGUUCAUGAAUUUACCAAGGCGCACGCAGCUGGUGUGCUGCGCGCUGCUGGUGGGCUCGUGCGGCGCGGAGGCGGCGGCGGUGCGCGCGGCCGCCGUGCGCGCGCUCGCCAUGGCCGUCGUGUACCGCUCGCUCCGGGAGGAUAUUUGUUUCGUGAGCGAUUGUGGAGAAAACAUUCUACGAGCCCUAGCGGAGCCAACUGCAGUUGUUCGGACUAAAGCCGCUUGGGCCUUGGGCAAUCUCAGUGACGCGCUUGUUUUGAAUAUGGAUGAACCUGAGACAGACGAUAUAGACGAUGACCUCUUACUACGCUUGCUCGAGGUCAGCGUACAGUGCGCCAAUGAUAAUGAUAAGGUUAAAAUGAGCGCGACACGCGGCCUUGGAAAUCUUUUACGAUUGAUCAAGAAUGAAAAUCUCCAACGGCACACGCAAUUAAAGUCCUUAUGCGAGAAAGCAAUAGAGAAGCUUUUAGAAUGCGCCGUCAAAGUGACCAAUAUGAAGGUUCGCUGGAACGCUUGUUAUGCGCUGGGCAACGCUAUGAAAAAUGAAAAUUUAUUCACAUGUUUCAAUGAAUGGCAGAGUAAAGUUUUUCCGAGUCUGUGCGUCCUAACUAGAGACUGUAAGAACCUAAAAGUGCGUAUAAACGCAGCGGUCGCAAUACGCGCGCCCGCAUUGCGCUCGCAGUAUGGCGAACAUUACGCGUUGUUGUGGAGGGGGGUUAUGGCAGCCAUGGAGAAUGCUGCUAAUGUCGACGACUUUUCUGAAUAUAAACAUAAGGAUAAUCUUAUUGAACAGUUAUGCGUAACUCUGGCACAUUUAUGCUGUCUUCUGAAACCGUCAGAUUUAGCGGAUAUUUUGGAUCCGUUGGUGUUCCACUUCGACUGCGCCAAGAGUCUCUACACCCAGCUAUAUAACAAGCUACCUCCAGAAAAUUCUUCCUGUCUCAAAAUACUCCAAGCCGCUAAAUACGUCACAAUGGAUUUGUCCCCGGAAAAUGAUACACAGUUGCAGUCCUUGGGAAUGUUGCAAGAUAUUUUUAUAUGGGAAGUAUGAUUCUAUAAGAUUCUUAAGAUUAAUGAAGUUUACGUUAUUUAUAAAAAAAAACUUAUAUUAUUAAUAUUUAUUGAUACAAGCAAAGUGAAAUUUUCAUAAGUUAUUUAGUAUCCACAUAUAUGUAAUGAAAAGCUUGAGAUGGACUUUUUUUAUUUACAACAUCUGUGUUGUAAAUUAUAAGUUUAAUUUUAGUCAUUUUUUGUUUGUGAUGUUAAAAAAGGUUAUUAAGAUAACAUUUAUCACAACAUUCAUACCGGUAUGAGCCGGUAUGGACGGAAUACGCCUUUUAAUAAACCGGAUUUCGCUGACACGUUCCAUAUAUUAUGAUAGAUAAGAAACUUAAAUAUAACGAAUAAUAGGAGCUACCAACAUGUUUGAACACUUAGUCUAUUUACUAAUGUUGUUCAUGAGAAUAUAUCGUUAUUCUGUUAUUUAUUUAUUCAAUAAGUAUUUUAUUUUAAUUUCUGGGUUUUAAUCUGUAACUAAAUCUAGAUGUACAUUUACUAAAAUAGGACUAAGUUUUUUUUAUGUCCUAAGUUUUACUAUAAUUCCAUAAAUAUCCCUAUGCAAAUCAAGUUUUGUAACUUUUUUGUUGUAACGCCUGAAAUUAGUCAAAUUACAAUUUAUAAAUUUUUCUAUUUUUUGGAGCACUAUAUCAUAGGUCUUAAUACACAAGCUAACACUAAGACGUGUGUUGUAAUUUCGUAUCUGGUUACUUUCGAAACGUCUAAAAUUAGACGUGUUUUUGUGUUGCUAUAUUGAAAAUUAUAAAGUGAGUGCAUGUUAACUGAUGUUGUUUUAUUUUUUAUUAAAAAAUACGCACAUCAA